AUGGCGAAAGCUAAGCUCGCUACUUGGUUCCUCGCCAUAGCUCUUCUCGCAGCAGUCACCGUUGCGGAAAAGUAUCCUCUAUGUCCGUUCACUGGCCUCCCUCCGACAAAACCAAAAGUCAAAGCCUCUCGGUGCCUCGACGCCGCUGAAAUGUCAUGCUGUAAAGACUGCUCCGAUAGACGAUACGCGCUCGCCGAAGUCAGCGCGAACGUUACAACGCUCAUCUCUACAGUAGAUCCUCGCCUUACGAAGCUCCUUGCCAACAAAGACAUCCAGCUGUGCGCGUCGUUCGUCAACUUCAGGGAGUGCCAGGACCUUCUCGAGCAGAUGAUAUGCGCCACGGGCUGCAACCCAGAUUCGGGAAAAUACUUGGAGCUCCCGCGCGGGAAAGUCGGCGUUAUGCGCGUUUGCGCAUCUUUUGCGGACAAGGUGUACGAGAAAUGCAAGGACCUGCCGCUACCUGGGUUUCAAGGCGCCAUCUCUCAAUACUUCAACUCGGGAGAGACCCUUAUGACGACGCUGUUUGGGAGGGUCGGCCAAGCCUUUGAUGCUAUCAAUUACACAGUGGAGGUCACUCCGGUUCUUGAAGGCACCGACAAGUGCUACAACGGCCCGACAAAAAUCCCCGACACCAACGUGUGCUGCGACUCACUCCCCGCCACAGCCGAGUGCCCCGUUUCAAAGCUCAAUGUUACCAUGCACCCCGAAUACAAGCCGUUCAUCGGCCGAACCAUAGCAGACCCCUCCUGCCCGGCAGCACCGAGCGGAGCAGGUGGUUCCACUAAUGGCUCUGCCAGUGGUUCUGCUAGUGGCUCUGCUACUUCCUCUGGUACAGGCUCGUCGUCGCCUCCUCCCCCCAAGGAGGCUGGACGGCUGGUGCUGGCUUCCAGGGGGGUGUUUAGUGUGUUUGCGCUGGCAGCAGCAGCUGGCCUCGCGCUUUUCUAA